UUCUUCAAAAGGUUGCAGUAGUGCGCGCGCUUUCACAUCCAAAAGGUGAUAUCCGUUGUUCCUUAUCGUUAUUUUGUCUCUUAUUUGUAUCUUAAAAAUGUAAAGAUUAAAUUCCAAAGGAAAGUACGGAAGAAGUUCUGCAAAAGAAAAAAAAUCAUUAUAAAAUUUAAUAUAUAAAAAAAGAAGUACAGUUUGGUAUCAUGGUGACCAGGGAGUCAACAGAUUAUAGCAUUGAAAAGAUCUAAUUAAAAUACAAAUAAAAAUGAGUAAAGACGGUAGCAGUGGAGAAUCAGGCGCCCAAGAUUCCGGUGAUAAUGCGGGGGAUGUAAAAGAUGUUAAUGCAAGCCUUUACGAAGACAAAGGACCAAAAAAAAUAGUGCGUAUUAUAACGGUAAUGGCAUACAUGUUCUCAGUAAGUUUUGUCGCGAUCGUAUUAAGCGCUUAUUAUGUAUUCCUUUGGGAACCACCUAAUCCACGACUCAUGCAUAGCCCAGCUAUUCGUUUACGAGCUGAUCCUCGAUUAGAUUUUCUUAGAAUCGAAUCACCACCUGAACAACAUUUGGAAACAAUCUCACGACACUCAUCGUCGAAGAGAAAUAAUUCUAACGAAAGAAUUCAAGAACACGUGAAAGAAAGUACCCUCGGUAACAAUGAUCUUGAAGAAUUUGCAACCACCUUGAAAACUACCCUGGCAGAAGAACUGAUUCAUGAAAGAAAUAACGACAACUAUUCUUCUUCUUAUUCUUCUUCUUCUUCUUCUAUACAAGAAUAUCUCAUCAAACAUAAUAAUCGAGACAAUGAAGAUGACAAUAUGAAGGAAAAUAAAAAAAUCAAUUUACCAUGGAAGAAUCUUCGUCAAAAUUAUAAUUUAAAGCAGAGUAUAGUAAUCGAUCGAGAAGGAGAAAGAAAGGACAAAAUGAAUGAGACAAUUUUCAUGAAUAAAAUUAUGUAUAACAACUUAAUGGAAAAGAGUGAACGAAAACAUGAAGAAGAUGAAAAUAAAGAAAAAAAAACUCAGAUCGGAAAGACAACUACUGCUAAGUCAAUCACAACAAACGAGACUACGGAUGAGACAUCAGAAAUGUCAACUACUCUACGGGAAAAAAGCCUUUUACAAAUAUUAACUGGAACAACAAAAACCAAAGAAAUAUUCCCUUAUACAUCUUCCUCCUCAAUUGCAUCUAAAGAAUCUCGAAUGAUCGAUGUUGUUACAACCACCAAAUCUUAUAAAGAGGAUAAAAGUCGAAAUUAAGAUUAGAUUCAUCGUUUUUCUUUUUAUUUUCCUUUUAUGAGAAAAGAGUCGAAAUCUGAAUGAUUGUACAAUAUGCAGUGAUGCAAAGGCCUAUGCUCUUAAACUUUAUUAAUAUGUAAAUACUUAAAAUUAAUGUAUGCAAAAAAAUAUUCUUCUAUUUU